AUGAAGGUCUCUCUUUCUCUGGCUCUGUUGGCUGCUGCCAACCUGGCGAGCGCCGCCCUCUCCGCGUCUGAAUGCUCCCAAAUGUGCGUCAGCAACAUGAACAACAAGGCUGGUGAAUUGGGCUGCUCUGCCGGCGAUCUGAAGUGUCUUUGUGGCAAUGUCAACUACGGUUAUGGUAUCCGUGACUGCACUGCUCAGGCCUGCCCUCAAGACAAUGCCGCUGAAGUCGUCGGAAGUGCCCUCUCUUCCUGCCCUAGCGACUCUCCUGCCGUGACCGGCAAUGGCGCCCACUCCGCCUCGGGCUCUGGCUCUGGUUCUUCCGCCUCGGGCACCAACACUGCGUCUGCCAGUGGUAGCAAAUCGACCGAUGGUGCCGGUGCUUCGGGCUCCAACACCGACUCCACGGCCACUGCUACCGGCACUGAUGCUUCUGCCACUGCUACCGGCACCGAUGCUUCUGCCACUGCUACCGGCACCGAUGCUUCUGCCACUGCUACUGGCACUGACGCUUCCGCUACCGCUACCGGCACUGACGCCUCUACUACCGGCUCGGACUCCACUGCCACCGGCACCAACACUUCUAGCGCUGAUACUACCGUCACUGAGACCAAUGCUUCCACCACUGCCACCACCAUGGCCACCGUCACCACCGCUUCUUCCUCCGACAGCUCCUCCACCGGCAGCGGUUCCUCUGAGACCGGCUCCGGCUCGAACUCCGGCUCUGCUACCACCAACGGCUCUGGCUCUGGCUCUGGCUCUCACGCGACUGCCACCGGCACCGCCCCCUCCAGUUCCUCCACUGGCAAUGCUGCGCCCCGCGGUGCUGCCAUCGGCACUGGCGCUAUGGGUGCUCUGGCCCUCGCUGCCCUGGCUGUUCUGUAA